CCCAAAUGGUGCACGGAAGAGUAAGGUGACUGGCCUGUGUGGUGGCAACAUGAUUCUCCUCCCUGGGGAGGGGAGCAGAGGCAACCCAUCCCCCACUCCCACCCCCACACUCCCCUAAGUCCCAAUCCAUUUCCACCUCUGUUUACUGUCCAAAGUCCCGGGCACUGGAGAUGCCAUGUUUGGCGUGCUUGGACACAUAGACACGCAGACACAGAGACACCGGGGCCCAGGGCCCUCCUAUGGACCCUGACCGCUCCCAUCCCAUCGUCCACGGCUGUCCACCCGCCCCCAUUCUCCAAGCUUCAGCCCCCCCUCCUUAGUCCGGCAUCUGCACAGCACUGAAGAACCUGCGAGUCAGACUCUGAGACCCUGAGCAAUCCCAGCUCCAGCCCCAGCCCUAUCAUGACCAAAGAGUAUCAAGACCUGCAGCAUCUGGACAAUGAGGAGAGUGACCACCAUCAGCUCGGAAAAGACUCCCAGCUGCAGGAGGAGCUGCGGGGCCUGAGAGAGACGUUCAGCAACUUCACAGCGAGCACCGAGGCCCAGGUCAAGGGCUUGAGCACCCAGGGAGGCAAUGUGGGAAGAAAGAUGAAGUCGCUGGAGUCCCAGCUGGAGAAACAGCAGAAGGACCUGAGUGAAGAUCACUCCAGCCUGCUGCUCCACGUGAAGCAGUUCGUGUCUGACCUGCGGAGCCUGAGCUGUCAGAUGGCGGCGCUCCAGGGCAAUGGCUCAGAAAGGGCCUGCUGCCCAGUCAACUGGGUGGAGCACGAGCGCAGCUGCUACUGGUUCUCUCGCUCGGGGAAGGCCUGGGCCGACGCCGACAACUACUGCCGGCUGGAGGACGCGCACCUGGUGGUGGUCACGUCCUGGGAGGAGCAGAAAUUUGUCCAGCACCACAUAGGUCCUGUGAACACCUGGAUGGGCCUCCACGACCAAAACGGGCCCUGGAAGUGGGUGGACGGGACGGACUACGAGACCGGCUUCAAGAACUGGAGACCGGAGCAGCCGGACGACUGGUACGGCCACGGGCUCGGGGGAGGGGAGGACUGUGCCCACUUCACCGACGACGGCCGCUGGAACGACGACGUCUGCCAGAGGCCCUACCGCUGGGUCUGCGAGACAGAGCUGGACAAGGCCAGUCAGGAGCCACCUCUCCUUUAAUUUAUUUCUUCAAUGCCUCGACCUGCCGCAGGGGUCCGGGAUUGGGAAUCCGCGCAUCUGGGGGCCUCCCCUGCUUUCUGGGGGAUUUUCAUCUAGGAUUUUAAGGGAAGGGGAAGGAUAGGGUGAUGUUCGGAAGGUGGGGGGCUUGAAACCCGUGGCGCUUUCUGCAGUUUGCAGGUUAUCAUUGUCAACUUUUUUUUUUUUUUAGAGUAAAAAGAAAUAUACCUAA